AUGGAUCACCUCUCAGCCAACGGUGACCGGCCACUGAACCCGGCCAAACACAAGAUCCUGGACCAGGUUGUGAGAACACCAGGAAGACAACCCUCACCCCAGCCGACUUUAUUGGGGGUACCUGGUGCCUCCCACUCGAAUCAGUCGCUGCACCGCAUUCUCUCGGAUCAUAGUUCAGGAUAUGUUGCGCCCAAAUUCGAGGGCAAGAAGGCGCAGAUGGAAGAGGUUAUGGACCUGAUCGAAGACAAGGGCUUCUUGCCCAAUGAUUUUAUUGCGUCCGAAACAGAAUGGUUCUACAACUCCCUGGGCAUCGACGACAUGUACUUCUCCACCGAGACCGUCGAAGCCGUUGCCAGCAACAUCCUCUCUCUGUACGCCGCCAAGUUGGCCGCUUACGCACGAGAUGACAAGAAGUUGGAGAUCAGACUGGCAAAAGAAGCGUCCGAUCAUGCAGUCUACAUAGACACAAGCACACCUGGAGUCAGCGUGAUUGAAGGGCCGCGAUACGAGCAGCGGAUCGACGAGAAAUACAUUGACGGCUCUACACCAGCGAGGAGCUACAGGGUCGAGUCUUUUCGCUCCAGCAAUGCUCUGCCCGACAACCCAGAUCAAUCCCUGCGAUGUUAUUUCAUCUAUCAGUGUCAGUUCAGCAACCCCAGCACCAGCCCAGACGAGACAAAUAUUGAGGUCAUUGGUGAGAAGCGGUUCCUCCAAAAGGCAACCCAGAAGACAAAAGAAAUCUACCAGGAGAUUAUUACUUAUGCCGUGUCAAGGACUGGUCCCGUUAUCGAGAUGUUCGACAUGGAGGGUACACGGGAGAAGCGACUUGUUAUCGCCUACCGCCAAGGUUCAGCCAUGGGUGUCUUCAGUGCAUUGUCAGAUCUGUACCACUACUAUGGAGUUACGAGCUCCAGAAAAUAUGUUGAACAAUUCUCCAACGGCAUCACGGUCAUCUCCCUAUAUCUGAAACCUGCUAGCGGCGACAUUGCUAAGUCGAGGUUCCCUCCCAUCGAGGCCGCGAUCCACCAGAUCAUCAAAGAAGUCUCCCUGCUGUUCUGCAUUCCCCAGAACAAGCUGCAGGGACAGUUUGCCAGCGGCAACUUGAGCCUGCAAGAGAGUAUCUACGCUCAUUGCGUGCAUGUAUUUGUUCAGCAGUUCUUGAACCGUUUGGGCUCAGAGUAUACGUCGUUGGUGGCAGCACUGAAGGGAGAUACAAACGCAAACGCGGAGCUGCUCUCAAAGAUCAAGAAGCGCCUGCGCACGGAGACUUUCACCUCGGAGUACAUCCUUGAGAUCAUCAACAAGUAUCCAGACCUGAUCCGGAAUCUGUACCUCUCGUUUGCCAGCGCCCACUACGUGCAAACCAGAGGCGAGCAAGAUGACUUCAUCCCGACGCUGAGCUACCUUCGCUUGGAUGUACAAAAUGUCAUUGAUGAUGCGACGCUCUCGGAGCUGAUCUCCAAGACCACCCAGAACCAGCAUGACGAGAUGGUCAUGCAGUACUUCUUGACCUUCAAUCGCGCAGUUUUGAAGACCAACUUCUAUACCCCAACCAAGGUGGCCCUGAGUUUCCGCCUCAAGCCCAGCACCGACUUCUUGCCCGAGCAUGAAUACCCUCAGCCACUGUACGGCAUGUUUUUGGUCAUCGGCUCCGAGUUCAGAGGUUUCCAUCUGCGAUUCCGCGAUAUUUCCCGCGGUGGCAUUCGUAUCGUCAAGUCCCGUAACAAGGAGCUCUACGCCAUCAACGCCCGGACCCAGUUCGAUGAGAACUACAAUCUUGCCAAUACUCAACAGAGGAAAAACAAGGACAUUCCGGAAGGUGGAUCCAAAGGUGUGAUCCUCUUGGAUUACCAUCACCAAGAUAAGACGCGCGUCGCAUUUGAGAAGUAUAUCGACAGCAUCAUGGACCUCCUUCUGCCUCCCACAAGCCCUGGCAUCAAGGACCCUAUCGUCGAUUUACACGGACAAGAAGAGAUCCUCUUCAUGGGUCCCGACGAGAACACGGCAGAUCUCGUUGAUUGGGCUACAGAACAUGCCCGAGCUAGGGGUGCACCCUGGUGGAAAUCUUUCUUCACCGGCAAAAGCCCGAAGCUUGGCGGAAUCCCUCAUGAUGCUUAUGGCAUGACUACACUGUCAGUUCGUGAAUACGUUUUGGGCAUCUACCGCAAGUUGAACCUAGACCCGAGCAAGAUCAGAAAACUCCAGACUGGGGGCCCAGAUGGAGACUUGGGUUCUAAUGAAAUACUCCUGGGCAAUGAGAAGUACGUUGCCAUCGUCGACGGUUCUGGAGUUUUGGUGGAUCCUGCCGGCCUGGACCGUGGAGAAUUGGUGCGUCUGGCGAAGCAACGGGUGAUGAUUGCUGAGUACGAUAUUUCAAAUUUGUCGCCACAAGGAUAUCGCGUGCUGGUCGACGAGACAAACGUCACUCUGCCGUCUGGCGAAAAAGUCAAUAACGGCAUGACCUUCCGAAACACCUUCCACCUGCGUGAUGGAUCGCAGUACGACCUGUUUGUACCAUGCGGCGGCCGCCCGGAGUCGAUCGAUCUCUCCACAACCGCCAAGCUGAUCGCGGAUGGCAAAUGCAAAAUCCCGUACAUCGUCGAGGGCGCCAAUCUCUUCAUCACGCACGAUGCCAAGCUCCGCCUAGAGAAAGCUGGCUGUAUCAUAUACAAAGACGCCUCUGCGAACAAGGGCGGUGUUACGUCGUCUUCGCUAGAGGUCCUGGCAAGCUUGUCCUUUGACGACAAGGGCUUCAUUGAGAACAUGUGUGUUGGUAGUGACGGCACCGUGCCCGAGUUCUACAAGACCUACGUCAAGGAAGUGCAAGAAACCAUCAAACGCAACGCCUGUCUCGAGUUCGAAGCUAUUUGGCGUGAGAAUGAGGCCACCGGCAUCCCUCGCUCAACGCUCUCCGACCAAUUGUCACUCGCAAUCACCAAGCUCGACGAAGACCUCCAGAACUUCAAGGAGUUGUGGGACAACAAGUCACUGAGGAUGCAGGUGUUCAGGGAAGCAUUGCCUCGGACUUUGCAGGAGAAGAUUGGCUUGGACAAGAUCCUGCAACGGGUGCCGGACAAGUAUCUCAAAUCCAUCUUUGGGAGUUACCUGGCCAGUCGAUUCGUGUACGAGUAUGGUUCUACGCCAAGUCAGUUUGCGUUCUUUGACUUUAUGAGCAAGAGGCUAGCUACUGCUGUCACCGAUGGGAGGUGA